AAAAAAAAUUACUUACGACAACUGACAUUCAGACCAUUUCCUCUCAAUCGUUGUGCUUUCGAACCGCCGUGUUUCGAACCAUUUAUGAUUUUAGAGCAGAAAUGCUGCCUCUUUCUUUGUUGCGAACAGCGGUCAACCACCCAAUGCUUGUAGAGUUAAAGAACGGUGAAACAUACAAUGGACAUUUGGUGAGCUGCGACAACUGGAUGAAUAUAAAUCUCCGUGAAGUCAUCUGCACAUCCAGAGAUGGUGAUAGGUUCUGGCGAAUGCCAGAAUGCUACAUACGUGGAAGCACCAUCAAGUAUUUGAGGAUUCCUGAUGAGGUUAUUGAUAUGGUCAAAGAAGAGGUUAUACAGAAAGCUAAAGGCAGAGGAGAUUUCAAAGCCCGUGGAGGUGGAAACCAGAGAGGAAGGGGUCGAGGUGCAUUUCAAGCAGGAGGCAGAGGAGGUCGUGGUGGUGGCCGUGGGGGUGGUGGUGGUGGUGGUGGUGCUGGUGGUGGAGGUGGAGGCCAGCAUAAACCAGGCAAAGGCAGGGGCAACUAGGGUUAAAGCAGGAGUGUGGAAAUCUUUGUGUCCAAUAUGUUAGAUCAUUUACUAUAUUGCUCAGCAUAUAAUUAUCAGGUUCAUAUUCUGAGUAGUUAUCAGUUACUUAAACCUUGCUAGGGAAGUGUCCUUGUUAAAAAAACAAAUAAAUCUUAAGAUAAUGGGUGGGUGUUUCAUUUUCUUCAUUAAAUAGAGUGCUAAAGAAGCCUUAUAUCAAAUUUGCAACAAAACAAAAUUGAUUACAUGAUUUGGUUAAUCCGUUCUUAGGAUUAUGACAAAUAUAUUGUUAACAAAAAGAGCAAGUUCAAAGCUAGUAGUGCUAGAAUUGCUUACUGAUGUUUUCUUUUUAAAAUAUAUAUAAACACAUUUGAAUAUGAACAAUAAACAUCUUGUUUUCAUAUGGUGACUAUUUUAAAUAUGCACAUUUUUGUAAGAGAAGAAUGUGUGGACGAAUUAGAAGUGUAUAGAGCAAUGUUUGAAGUCCAGGUACAUGGAAGUGUAAGUGUUUUAUGUGUGAUCUUGUCUUUAUUGUUGUAAAUGGUGUAUUGGUUACGAAUUAAAAAUAGAAUUAAACCUAUUUGAGAGAGAU